AUGACUACUAAUGUCGGAGUUAUUAGCUUGAGCCAUUUUAAAAAUGUGGUAUAUUAUGGAGAAGUUUGUGUUGGCACUCCACCACAAUACUUUAACGUAGUGUUCGAUACCGGGAGUUCAAAUGUUUGGAUUCCGUCAACGUUGUGGCCUGUAACCACGUAUCCUCACCAAACGUUUAAUGCCAAGGCAUCAAAGACCUACCGUCAAGAUAAAGACGGAAAAAGAUAUGAUCUUGCAUAUACACGGGGUUCACUGAGAGGUGACUUAUCCCAAGAUACCCUAAUCCUCGGAGGGAUUAUCCUUGAGGCGCAGGAUUUCCUUGUUGGUUUUGAACCAGAUGAAGACCUUAAACUGGUCAAAUUUGAUGGGAUUGUUGGCCUGGGGUUGCCCUCUCUGGGGAUCGCUGGAACUCAAACCGUCUUGAAGAAUCUGGUGGACAGAAAUUUAAUAAGCAAAGGAAUUUUCUCGAUAUGGAUGAAGGGAGAUGAAGAUGGACAUGUAGACGAAGUUCAAGACGCUGGUGAAAUAAUUUUUGGUGGAUUCAACACCAAACACUUCCGUGGCGAACAUGUAUAUGUUCCUGUGUGGGGGAACGGCUUUUGGAACAUUUCCAUGAGUCGGAUUUCUGUUAAAGGAAAAGAUAUCAAAGUCUGUAUACCACAAUGCUUUGCAAAGGUGGACUCUGGUACGACGGACAUAUAUGGUCCAAAGGAUAAAAUCAAGAAGAUCUAUGAAGAAUUUGGUGCAACAAAAAACGAAAUCGCAUGCUCCAAAGUUAAAAAGUUGCCGGUGAUCUCCUUCCUAAUUGGAGGAAAGAGUAUAUCCAUAAAGAAUUACGCAUACGAAUACAAAGAUAGUCGCGGUGCAACACGAUGCAAACUUCGUUUGGUGGUGAGUGACGAUGACACAUGGGUUUUGGGUAUGGCGUUCAUGCAAGCUACCCAUACGGUUUUUGAUUUUCAAGAUUUCGAGAGACCAAAGAUCGGUUUUGCUUUGUCAAAAAAAAAAAAGAUCGGUUUUGCUAAAGCAGCAAGGGCGGAGACUAACGAAGAAGUAAAAACACUAUAA